AUGGCGAAGCAAGAAUUUCUUAGAAAUCGUUUACUUACGGAAAGAUGGAACCUCAUACGUGUAGUAUCCGAUUACAAUAUGAAUGGAACUGAGGAGUUAAGCUUAGAAAAAGUUAUAAGUGAUCACUUGGCUGUGUACGAAAAGAUUUUAGAGGAUGCAUCUGGUAAUGGUAUAGCUUUAGAAAUUGAGAGAAAUUUUCCACCAGUAGAAGAAAAAUGGAGCGUAUUGCAGGCCGUGUUCUUUUCUUCGACAGUUCUCACAACAAUAGGAUAUGGCAACAUAGUUCCAGAAACAUUCUGGGGAAGACUGUUUUGUAUUGCAUACGCUCUCAUUGGAAUCCCAUUUACGCUUACCGUGAUCGCUGAUCUCGGAAGAGUGUUUGCAACAUUUGUGUCUCUUGUAGCUAAACAAUUACCGGCGAUGCCAAAAUGGUGUAGUUUAUCAGAAACUAAUCCUGCUGGUCAAAGAUCUCUGUACGCGUUUUGGGCAGUCUGCUUCUUGUUCGUAUAUUUAUCGGCUGGAGCUGGACUGUUUAAGAUGUGGGAAGAUGAUUGGAGUUUCUACGAUGGAUUCUAUUUUUGUUUUAUUACUAUGACUACUAUUGGAUUUGGAGAUCUUGUUCCGAAAAGACCGAAGUACAUGCUGCUAUGUACAUUUUAUAUUUUAAUAGGUUUGGCACUCACGUCUACAAUUAUAGAGCUAGUUCGUAGACAGUACGCUAGAUCUUGGCAACAACUACGUGCUCUCUCAGGUCCCCUGGCAGACACAUUACGAAGACUUGGCGACGCCGGGCGAGGAGUCGACGUGUCUGCUCUCCAUAACGAUCUUAGAAAGGUCUUAACAAUCGUUACGAUGCCGAGAUUGGGUGGACGCGACGGGCUCGGGGAAAAGCGUCAGCUGGAGUGGGAGGCAGCGGUCGAGGCUGUCAUUAGAGAUAUAACAAGCCCUGUAACAAGCCAACCGAAACCACCUAUAGUACAAAUCGUUAUAUACGAGUCAUCCGUA